CAUACAACAAACAUACUGUGUAAUUGAAAGUUCAUAAUUAACAUUGCCAGGAAGGAAGCCAUGAAAACCCUGAUAACUUGUUCAUCACAACCACCUCUCUACCUUUCAAAGCCUUCUCCAUGGAAGCCCAGAAGCCCAAACCUCCACCCGACAACCAUGCUAAACCUAAAACGUCCCACAAGCAAACUCAAACCACAUGCCAGUGGCCCCAAAGGUUUUACAGGCACUGCACCUGCCACCAUAGAAGGAAGUGACACUAGCAAAAACUCCAACAAAACCAAUAACAAUGACGAUGAAGAAGUUCCACAAGCCGUGUUUAACAGAAUUAUAGUGAGAAUCUUGGCUUUUGUGUUGGUGCCUAUGGGCCUUGGCUUAGCAUUUUUGCACAUUUUUGGUGUGAUUAAGGAGCAACAUCUGUGGGAUGUGCCACUAUGGCUCCCUUUGCUGACAACUUUUCUGACUUUCGGGGCAUCAACGUUUGGCAUUGCCUAUGGAGCACUGUCUACAAGUUGGGACGAAGAGAAGAAAGGUUCAAUUCUUGGAUUGGAAGAGGCUCGAGAGAAUUGGGUUGAGAUGUGGAAGCAGGAGGAUAUAUGAGCGCUUAUAAUGUGACCUCAAUUGCCUCUCACACCCUUUCACCUUCCUUUCAAUUGUGUAAUAUACUGCACUCGAUCAAUUUAAUCAAAAUCACAGGUAAUUCGAACUCUUUUUUUCUUUUUCUUCUUUGGGAUUCUGUUCUGUAUGAGUGGAUCAUUUUCUUCUCAGCCAUAUAUAUAUAUAUAUAUAGGUAGGAAAAAAUAAAUAAGUUCGUAUUUUAAUUUUA